CACCCAUUCAACAACUCGGUUCUGCUAUAUCACAAUCCAACAUAGUGUAUCUUAUUGAAUCACCAAAAUGUCCACAAACACCACCCUCCAAAACGCAAAGGAAGUCGACUCCUACGCCGUAUCUCAUCUAGUUCCAACCGAUCAAGCCCUUACCGACACUAUCUCCCACUGCGCCAAAAAUGGUAUACCACCGAUUGCCGUUUCCCCAGCUCAGGGAAAAUUCCUUUCGCUUUUGACUAAGAUGUCAGGCGCCCACAACGUGCUGGAAAUCGGCACUUUAGGCGGCUACUCCAGCAUCUGGUUCGCCCGGGCCCUGAAUGCCAAUGGCAAUAAGGGGAAGGUGACUAGCGUCGAGAUCCUCGAAGAUAGACGAGAGCUUGCUAUGCAAAAUCUGCGCAAUGCUGGGGUAAAAGUUCCGGAAGAGGCCGAGGUGUUGCUAGGACCCGGUUUGGAGGUAUUGCCUCGGUUGCAGGACGAAAUCCAGCAGGGGAAGCGACAGAAGUUCGAUUUUGUGUUUAUUGAUGCGGACUGGGAUAAUCAGUGGCAUUACUUCGAUUAUGGUGUCAAAUUAUCCAACGGCCCUGGAGCUGUCAUAUUGAUUGACAAUGCCGUUCAAGUCAUGCUGGAAGAUGGAAUCGUGGGACCAGAGAAACGUAAGGAAGGAGCAAUAUCCGUGGUAGAAAAGGUUGGACAGGAUAGGCGAGUAGAAGCAGCGCUUAUACAGACGUUGGGUACAAAGAGCCACGAUGGAUUUUUGAUGGCUCUAGUGGUGUGAUAUUUGCUUUCUGGUUUGUUGACCAUGAGUUUUCGAGGUGUUAUUAUA